AUGGAUUACAUUUGGGCGUUUAUGACGAUCCUGUUAUUCCGAGUGGACGGCCGAAGGAUGCGGAAGACGAGGCCAGAAAGGCUGGAUGACGAGGAAAUGUGAGUUUAUGGGGAUUGUCGGUAGAAAAAUAUUAACUGACGGUAUCUUCAAGGGUUACAUCGAUCACUUUUUGUUUCAGCGACAACAGUCUUCCUGAAUUCCCAAGUCCACUGCCGAGUCAUCGAUUCUUCUAUACUCGAGACGAACCCCCUAAAGAUCUCAUGGACAAAGACUAUACUUUUGACUCGACAUUGGUUGACAUAACGGCCGACAGAGAACUGGAGGAAAAGCUCAUUGCAAGGCUCGAUUCUGAAGGCCCAUAUCCCGAUUGGCAGGACAUUGAAGACGAGAUUCAAAAGCUCCAGAAAGCUCGGAACAUGGAGUUCAGAGACGAGGCUGCAGGAGUGUUGGAGAGAACACAUGGUGUAUCUGUAAGUUGGAGUCGGAUAGACUGUAAUAUUGUAGACAUCAACGGACUCUUCUAACUCCUCGACGGGAAUUUUGGCAGAUGGAUCAAUGUCAACAUCAACAGAAAAGCCCACAUCGUCUUCUGGCUUGAGAAUUUUACAGAUCUUGUCAACCACGACGGCAGACCCUGUAAUACCUUUAACCUCCACUACAUCUCCGUUUGUUCCAUUUGAUUGGACGUCAGACCCAGGAGAAGUUGAUUUAGAUGCCGCUGUGGAAAUUGCCGAAGCUGACGGGGAACCAGCGCAGACUAUUGAGCCCAUUGUCGAGCUCUCCGAAGCAUCAAAGAAUAUCACAAGCACAGCAAAAAGCCCUGUUAUAUUUUCAUCAAAGGAAACGUCAGCGUUGUCAUCAACGGACAGCUCGGCUUCAAUGGACACUACAGCUGUCAAUUCAACGCCUGUUCGAUCAAUCACUGCUCAGCAAGGCAAUGAAACCACUUCAAGUACCGAACUGCCAACAACAUUAAUGUCCAACGAAGCUUCAGAUGAAGAAAUUGAUAGGUUGGUGGCUUCACUUGCAACGGCAUUAACUCCAAAGCCAAAGGAGAUAAUCGACGACUCGACUCUCAAGACUGUUGAGAAGUCAUCGCUCAAGCUGGCGUCGAGCUUUUUCAUGACUGUGUUUGCAUUGACGAUACUUAGACAUUUGUAA